UAAGGGUACAAAAAUCACGUGGGGAAGCAGGUUUAGGCCCGACAGGCAGCGGAGGGAGGAGGCUGCUGGGGGUUUCCAUGUUUAGACCCUGCCGCUCCCAGGGUCCUGAGAGAUCGACCAGACCCCCUCCCUGCUACCUCUCAGCUGCCCGGCUCUUCUCAAGUGGUUCAACAUUAAAGACACCGGUAGCCCGAAUUGCUCCACCGGCUGCUGUCUCUGUCGGGCUGCAUCUGCUGGACCGCGCCAUGCGGAGGAGUCCCCGCUCAGCGUACGCGGCUGCUCAGCAGCACACGAGUGAAGCUGGGUCGUCUAAUAGUUUCAAAGCCCUCGGGUGCCUCGAGCAGCUGGAUGCCGCGGACAGGCAGGACUCUGAGGACCCCGGAGAAUACUGCGACGACGGGUACCACCCGGUCCAGAUCGGGGACACCUUCAACAAAAGAUAUCAGGUGCUGUCUAAGCUCGGCUGGGGCUACUUCUCCACCGUCUGGCUGUGUCUGGACCUCAGGCUCGGUCGGCACGUUGCGGUGAAGGUGCUGAAGAGCGGAGCUGGCUUUGCCCAGGCAGGACAGGAUGAACUGGCUCUCCUUCGAUGUGCCAGUGGUCCUACGAGCCGUCAUCCCUCCAGCCAAAGGAUUGUUCAGCUGCUAGAUGAGUUCAAGCUGGCCGGGAGCAACGGGGUCCACAUGUGCCUGGUGCUGGAGCUGCUGGGGCCGGACCUGAGAAGCUGGCAGCGAUGCUUCGGGAAUCCAGGACUGUCAUGGCUGUGGGUCAAACAAAUUCUUACUCAGGUUCUGCGAGGCCUGGACUACCUUCACACUCAGUGUAAAAUCAUCCACACAGACAUCAAGCCAGAGAACAUCCUGCUGUGUCUGGAGGAGCAGUCCCACAAACUACCAGCGGGGGGCAGCGGCGCCCCCUCUGCGCUGACUGGGAGGGAGGCCAAGUCCACAGAGACGGAGCAGGUGAACCCAUGCAGUUUAGAGGAAAUUACAGUGAAGAUUGCUGACCUGGGCAGCUCCUGCUGGGUGUACAAACAUUUCUGUGAGGAGAUCCAGACCCGACAGUAUCGCUCACUAGAAGUUUUACUAGGAUCUGACUACGGCCCGCCUGCCGACAUCUGGAGUGUCGCCUGCAUGGCCUUUGAAUUGGUCACUGGAGACUCCCUGUUUGAACCCAAAGCCCGCGAGUCCAUCUCCCUGGAGGAAGACCACAUUGCCCAGAUCAUUGAGCUGCUUGGAAAAAUCCCACCCACUGUUGCCUUGUCGGGUAAAUACUCUGCAGCGUACUUCAGCCGCAGAGGCGACCUGCGCCGUGUUGGUGUGCUGAGGCUCUGGAGCCUUUAUGAUGUUCUGGUGGAGAAAUACCACUUCCGGUUGGAGGAGGCCUCUGGAUUCUCCGACUUCCUUCUUCGCAUGUUGGAUUAUCAUCCGGAGAGGAGGGCCACUGCUGCAGGGUGCCUCCGCCACCCCUGGCUGACCUCAUGAUAGCCCUGCAAAGGCCCUGUGGGCCUCAUCCUCAUCUGCAGUCCCCACAACCAGAUGCUUUGAGCAGCUAGAACUGGAUAAUUUCAGGAUGUCUUUGAAUUUCUAUACAAAGGGAAUCCAAAGAGCCAUUUAGAAGACAGUUUAAUGUCACUUUGAUUUGUGAAUUCCUGCAGAAUGUAGUGUCGUCCUUAUUCAACAUCAGAUAGAGGAUAAGAUGCUCUUUUCCAGUGAAGCCCUGUUAUGCACUUUAUGCUGCUAAGGUGUUUUUUCAUACGUAUAGAACUUUUCUGUCAGACCUUUGAGUCCUAUAAGUAGCAGCUCUUAUGACAAUGACACUGCUAGCCAGUAUGAAGUUGUCAAUUUGAUACAAACCUUGAGUGCAGCUGCUGUAUUAUUCAGUAAAAUUGAAUGACACCAAUGGAAUGAGAGAAUGAUACAAAACGUAACACUGGGUAAUCUUUCGCAGUGAAUGUACUUUAAAUAUGCUUUUCCUUUUGUUCAUCUUUUGUACAGGGUAAUGAAGAGCUUUAAAGA